AUGAUCGCAAGAACAAUUGAAUCAGUUUACAAUCUCUCAAUUCUGGAAAAACCCAAAACCCCUUUCUCUGUAACAAAAGCAUAUCUCUCUUCAUCAUCACCAUCAAUUGUAGGUGUGGAUAGAGAAGAUCAGGAGCGAUCAACACCAUUAGAUUUGUCAUUUAAAGUUGCACCAGCAAAACUUGUCUCUGGCAGCAUACAGUCCAAAAUGGAAGACAAAGAGAAAACUGAUAUUCUUCUUCUCGAAAAUCUCUCUGAGUUCAGAGAGGAACUUGCCAAUUGUUCAAAGUUUGCUGAACUAUUAUCAACAGGAAUCGAUAUCUUUGCUAAUGAUGCAUUUUCCCAAUCUCAUAGAAUUCAUGCCUCAACUGUUGCUAUUACUCGCUUCUGCUAUGCAUGUGUUGUUGGUUUUCAUUUUGAAGAGGGCCUGUAUCAA